GGCGAGUUCUUAGGGCGCGCGUGGGGGGCAGUCUGUGACGCUACCCAGGGCGUCGAGCGCUCGGGAGGUGACAGUCGGCGGUGUCGGGCCAAGGCCGAGCAGAGGCGGCGGCUGUUUGCUCGACGCCAGGCGCGCUCGUUCCGUGGCCGCGCGUGGGCCAGGCGCGAGGGGAGCACGGCCAUGGCCGCCUGUAGCACCUGCGCGGCGGCUGCGCGGCUCCUCAGCUCCUCUCUGCCCACGGCGCGCAGAGGUAUUACAUGUGGCCGUUCCUGCCUUCCUGUUUUAGGAAUAAUUGGGACUUUUGAAACCCAGUCUCUAAGAUCUGUUCCCAUUAGAACUUUUUCAGAAACACCAACAUACUUUGCUUCAAAAGACAGUGCAAGCAAAGAUGGUUCAGGAGAUAGUGGAAAGAAAAAUGUUGAAGGCAGCAGUAAAAAGUCAGGUUCUGGGGGUUCUGGCAAAGGUGGAAACCAGCUGCGUUGCCCGAAGUGUGGUGACUUGUGCACGCAUGUGGAGACCUUUGUGUCUUCCACUCGCUUUGUAAAAUGUGAAAAGUGCCACCACUUCUUUGUGGUGUUGUCAGAAGCAGACUCCAAAAAGAGCAUCGUUAAAGAACCGGAGUCCGCGGCCGAGGCUGUGAAGUUGGCCUUCCAACAGAAGCCGCCACCUCCACCAAAAAAAAUCUAUAACUACCUCGACAAGUAUGUUGUAGGCCAGUGUUUUGCCAAGAAGGUGCUUUCAGUUGCUGUGUACAAUCACUAUAAGAGAAUCUACAACAAUAUCCCUGCCAAUCUGAGACAACAAGCUGAAGUUGAAAAGCAAACCUCCUUAACGCCGAGAGAAUUAGAAAUAAGAAGACGGGAGGAUGAGUACAGAUUUACAAAACUUCUCCAGAUCGCCGGCAUUAGUCCCCAUGGCAAUGCUUUAGGCGCAUCAAUGCAGCAGCAGGUGAAUCAACAGAUGCCCCAGGAGAAGCGAGGAGGUGAAGUACUUGAUUCGACUCACGAUGACAUCAAGCUUGAGAAAAGCAAUAUUUUGCUGCUUGGGCCAACUGGUUCAGGCAAAACCUUGCUGGCUCAGACGCUGGCUAAAUGCCUGGAUGUCCCUUUUGCAAUCUGCGAUUGUACCACUUUGACUCAAGCCGGCUACGUGGGCGAAGAUAUCGAGUCUGUCAUUGCAAAACUACUGCAGGAUGCGAACUACAAUGUAGAAAAAGCUCAGCAAGGAAUCGUUUUUUUGGAUGAGGUGGACAAGAUUGGCAGUGUGCCGGGCAUUCAUCAGUUGCGAGAUGUGGGAGGCGAAGGUGUUCAGCAAGGUUUGUUAAAGUUACUGGAAGGUACAAUCGUGAACGUUCCGGAAAAGAAUUCCCGCAAGUUACGUGGUGAGACCGUGCAAGUUGAUACCACCAACAUCCUCUUUGUAGCCUCUGGUGCUUUUAACGGUCUCGAUAGAAUCAUCAGCCGGAGGAAAAACGAAAAGUAUCUUGGCUUUGGAACGCCAUCAAAUCUGGGUAAAGGCAGAAGAGCGGCUGCGGCUGCAGACCUGGCUAAUUUGGGCGGAGAGUCCAGCACACAGCAAGACAUGGAAGAAAAAGACCGUUUGCUACGGCAUGUUGAAGCGAGAGAUCUUAUUGAGUUUGGCAUGAUCCCCGAGUUUGUGGGGCGCUUGCCAGUGGUGGUUCCCCUGCACAGCCUUGACGAGAAGACCCUUGUACGGAUCCUCACUGAGCCCCGGAAUGCUGUGAUUCCCCAGUACCAAGCACUAUUCAGCAUGGACAAGUGUGAACUGAGUGUUACUGCAGAUGCUCUAAAGGCAAUAGCCAGGCUGGCUUUAGAUCGCAAGACUGGUGCUAGAGGUCUUCGCUCCAUAAUGGAGAAGUUAUUACUGGAGCCAAUGUUUGAAGUGCCCAAUUCUGACAUUGUAUGCGUGGAGGUUGACAAAGAGGUUGUGGAAGGAAAAAAAGAGCCAGGAUAUGUCAGAGCUCCAAGGAAAGAAUCUUCUGAAGAAGAGUAUGACUCAGGAGUAGAAGAGGAAAGCUGGGCUCGCCAGGCAGAUGCUGCAAACCAUUAAAACCUGUCGGAAUGUUCUGCAGAAAAUGCACUUAAAAGUUUUCGUUUUUAUUUUUUGAGACCACACCUGGAUUUGCAGCCUACUAAUAAUAAUUGGAUCUCUCCUGAAGAUGAUACAUGAUCAGAAAAUGUUGACAACACUAAUGAAAAUCAGAUCAUGUAUUUCUUGUAACAUCAUAUUGAUUUGUGCAGUGGACACUUGGACUUCAAUGAUAUAAUGUUCAAAAAAUUAAUUGUAUAUUACAUUUUGCUCAGUUAAAAAAACAUUUUUGUUGCAUAAAUACUUUCUCCCUGCAAAAUUCCCACUUUGGCUCUCCUGGGGAGGAGAUUUUCUGGGCAUUCUUUCUCCACUGGGCAUGCCGCACAGAUGAGGCCCAGACCUGUGCGUGCAUGAACGGCAGCGGGUCACCCCUCGGCCAUACCCAGCGCUUGGACACCUGCAGCAGUGCUCCACUGUGAGUCAGUUGCCCUUCUUCCUAGUAACAGUGACUUCGUCGUGCAGUCAGAGCAAUCUGGCCACAUGAGAACAGUCUCUCGGAACCAACAAAGCUAGUUGGGAGGGAGGGCGUUGUUCUCAUGGCAAAAAUCUGAUUGGCUGUUCCUGUUACUAGGAUCAAGGUGUUCUGCUUUUCCAACAAAAAUGGUAAAGUAGUAUGAAAAAGUAAGAUUUUUAGAAUGUUUAGGGCAACACUGCCCCCCCUUGCAAUGAAAUAUGUACUGAACAUUUUUCAGUUCAACCUUAGCCUUUUCAGUUCUAGAAUGCAAUGCAGUAUUUGCCAAUAGUUAAGAAAUUUUACAGUAAUUAUACUUUACAAAUUGGGUAUGGAAACUAACAUACAUAAAAAUAAAGAUAAGCUGUUUUGAAUAUAUUUCUCUCCUUUGGUUUGGAGAUCAUUCAGUAUUUGUUAAAUAUUUUCUUCUGCUUGAAAUGCAGUGGGUGCUAGAGGUAAUUGUUACAUUUAUUAUGGAAACUGCUCUUCAAAAAACUGGAUAUCAGAGGCUUAAAACAAGGACUGUACAAGGACUGGUCCAUGUAAACGUGGUAAUUAUUUCAAGCCAGUGCGAUUGCUCUAAAUAGGCUGUGGAGGGCAACCAUAUUUUAGGGCAUCUUGCACCAAUUACUAAGCAACAUAAUGCAGUGCAUUAAAUAAUUGGAUGUAAUACCAAAGGUUUCAUUAAUAUUUAGUUACAUUAAUUAAAUACCGUAAGUUGGUUUUGAGAACUUGGGUAUUAGAACAGGUGAACCAGGAACUUGCUGCACCUUUCUUUGGAGGAAUAAAGGUUUACAGGCAGAAAAAGACCAUAGAAUAUUUAAAAUUCUAUGCCAAUAUUUUAAUAUAGUACAUUUUAUUGAACGUGCUGGAACCAUCAUGCAUCAAUUUUUUGGUGCCAGAUAUUUUUCCCAGCCUACUUUCUUAUAACAUUAAGAACAAGAAAGUCACGUAUAAUUGUAUAAUAUUUUUCAUGUAAGCAGUAGUCACUGUUUCACAAAAUUCUUAUUUAAGUUAUAAGCUUAAAAUGCUAGUCCUGCAUCUUUUUAAUUUUAAAUCUUUUUAGCAAAGCAAAGAGCGCUUUGUUUUAGAGUUAACUUGAUCCUUUCAUAAAGUAUUUGUAAAAACCCAAAAGGACUUGUAUGUUUUUGAUUCACUUCAGAUUAAAAUAUAUACCUACAAA